CAUCGUGGGAAGAGAGUAAGAAAAAGACUGCCAACAAUGGACUGCCGCAUGCAGGCAUUCACGGUGGCGAAAAUUUCUCGUUCGUUCGCACGCAGUCAUGCACGGCGCUUGGGCGUACCUGGAGCUACCAGCUGCACUCGCCGCCUGUACGUGCUGGGAUAUCGCCAACGUUGGCCCGCUGCCGCAACGCACGCACGCACGAAACAGCAGGGGAAGGGAUUGUCCUCUCUCCCUCGUUACUGCACGAGCGAAAGUCUCCGUUUGCCGCUCGUCCAGCUGCAUUGCCUUUCAUCAUUUGUCGAUGGAGGAAGUAGAGCGAUUGGCUGGUUUGCCAUUAAUUCAAAUACAAAAUCCCCGCUUGUGCUCGCGUGGGAAGGGCUCUCGGGGUUCCACAUGUCCUCAUUGCCGGAGUCGGGUCGGUUGCUUUGUGGGGAAGACGUACCGGAACAUCGGAGACACACUUUCCGGGACGAAAACAUGAAGAUCACACAUGUGAAGAACCAAGGUAAGGGGAGUAGUUGUUUACCAAAAAACAUAGACGUUGAAUUCGAAAGGUAUCUCGGGGGGCGUUAUAGAAGAAUGUGUACCCAAACUGAACCCAUGACUUUUCCGUCCUUAUUCCAGGUUUUGAGAUUUCCAAAAUGCCAUGCGCUGCUGACAAUAAACACAUGCUACCACAGUACCGUCUUCCAGACUGUCGAGAUGUUGCCUUCUUUUGCAACCCGCCAGUCCUAGCCCACUUAAUCAAUUCAGCCGUACAGUAUCAUGUAAGAUCUCAGUUGCUGCGCAGAUCUCGGUCGUUAAGGAAAUAAGAAUAGGCUAAUGUUCGUAGUACUCCAGAUACUCCAUGGGUCUCAUGCAAAACCAAAGUGAGACCGUCGAUGCAAAC